GAAGUCACUGUCUUGACCUUAAUUAGUAGAUUUAGAUAGAUAUUUUAAGACAUUGAUUUAACAUAAUUAACUUUAUUCAAGGACUUAAAUAACCAAUAAAUAUAACCUCUGGCUAUUUGUUUUAUUACAAACUAUAUAAUGACUGUUUUUAUAACAGUUAUGUUAAACAGAUAUAAGGCUAAUUAGAGAGAGAUAAAUAUACCCCUAGGGCCUAUAGGUACAUGUUUAAAUUCUUGAAGGGAUAAUGCAUAUGACAAAAUCUCACUUGCAAAAUUUGUUCACUAUAUAUAUGAAUGUUGAAAGAAAACAUUUUAUCAGAUUUAAAAAUGAGCUUCAAGAGUGUACUGGAACAUUUUACUGUUCCUGAUGACUUCCAAAAUGGAAAUACUUUCAAAGGAAAAUGUAUGCAUUGUGGCACCCUCAUUAGUGGAAGUUAUAAAGUUACAUCCAACUUUGUUACACAUAUGAAGAGAAAACACAGAGAUUUGUACAUUCUGCAUUCUGAGAAUAAAGAAAUUCAACCAACAUUGACACAAUGCAUAAAAAAAAGUGUAAAAUAUUCACCGUCUGAUCCAAAACAGUUAGAAAUGACAAAUGCUCUUAUAAUGUUCAUAGCUGGGGAUCUUUUACCACUCUCUAUUGUCAAAAGUGAAGAAUUUAAAAACUUGAUGGAAAAAGCUGACACUAAGUAUCAAGUGCCUAGCAGAAAGCAUUUAUCUUCGAAACUUCUACAUGAAAAAUCGGUUGAAAUAAAAAAUAACCUUGUAAAUACUCUUAAAAGAGCUGAAAGUGUGUGUUUAACCAUUGAUCUCUGGUCUAGUAGACAAAUGAGAGGAUUUUUGGGAAUCACAGGCCACUUUAUUUUGGACUGGGCUAUGAAGUCUGUCAUGAUAUGCUGUAAACGAUUCACGAUGAUGGUCAAAUGUAAUGGGAAAAUGCUUAAAUAA